ACAGUUCACACCUGCAGUGAAGCUCCUCCCACAACAAUUCACCAAUAAAUACUGGGAAUAUUCACAUCAUCCUACAAGAGAAGGACAAACUCCAGGUGUAGCAGCUGAAAUCUGUGUGACUGUUAAAGAUGGAGUUUAUUAAAGAGGAGAUUGAAGACAUGAGUGAUCCAGAACCAUCCAGAAUAAAACAAGAAGAUACUGAGGAACAAAUAGAUCAGAUGGAAGUGAAACAGCAAAGAAAAGAAAUGGAGGAAAUUGAGGAGGAACAUCAUAACUUUAAUAAAACUCAAGGAACAAAAGCCAAAAAGCUGCACACCUGCUCACAGUGUGGAAAGAGUUUCGUAAAAAAAGGAGACCUUAACAAACACAUGACAGUUCACACUGGAGAGAAACCGUAUACAUGCACUCAGUGUGGAAAGAGUUUUUCUCGAGCGUCAAGUCUUAAUACACAUGUGUUGCAUCAUUCUGGAGAAAAAUCAUUUAACUGUGAUCAGUGUGAUAAAGAUUUUAUUUUGUCAUCUCAACUAAAAAAACACCUGAAAGUUCAUUCAGAUGAGAAGCCUUAUGUGUGUUCCUUCGGUGGAAAGAGUUUUUCAUUGCCUGAUAGUUUUAAAGUGCAUCAGAAAACACAUGAUGAAGUAAAAGAUCAUGUGUGUUUUGACUGUGGGAAGAGCUUUACUACAUCUGGUGAACUGAAACGGCACCAAAGAAUUCAUACUGGAGAAAAACCUUACAAGUGCUCAUAUUGUGACAAGAGUUUUACUGUGUCUGGAAACCUGAAAUCACAUGAGCGAUUUCAUACUGGAGAAAGACCUUACAAGUGCUCAUAUUGUGACAAGAGUUUCACUCAGUCUGGAAACCUGGAAUCUCAUGAGCGACUUCAUACUGGAGAGAAGCCGUACUACUGUACUCAGUGUGGAAAGAGUUUCACACAAAAAGGAAGCCUUAAGACACACAUGAGAGUUCACACUGGAGAGAAACCGUUUACAUGCACUCAGUGUGGAAAGAGUUUUUCUCGAGCAUCAUCUCUCAGUGUUCAUCUGCUCCGUCAUUCUGGAGAAAAGCUAUUUAACUGUGAUCAGUGUGGUAAAGAUUUUACUACAUUAUCAAAUCUAAAACAACACCUGAAAGUUCAUUCAGAUGAGAAGCCUUAUGUGUGUUCUUUCUGUGGAAAGAGUUUUUCACGGGUGGACAGUUUUAAACUGCACCAGAAAACACAUAAUGAAGUGAGAGAUCAUGUGUGUUUUGACUGUGGGAAGAGCUUUACUACAUCUGGCCAUCUGAAAUGGCACCAACGAAUUCAUACUGGAGAAAAACCUUUCAAGUGCUCAUAUUGUGACAAGAGUUUCACUUAUUCUGGAAGCCUGAAAUCACAUGAGCGAAUUCAUACUGGAGAAAGACCUUACAACUGCUCUUAUUGUGAGAAGAGUUUCACUAAGUCUGGAAACCUGCAAUCUCAUGAGCGAGUUCAUACUGGAGAGAAGCCGUACCACUGUACUCAAUAUGUGGUCCUGUGAGCGUGAUCACAGUUCACACCAGCAGUGAAGCUCCUCCCACAACAAUUCACCAAUAAAUACUGGGAAUAUUCACAUCGUCCUACAAGAGAAGGACAAACUCCAGGUGUAGCAGCUGAAAUCUGAGU